AUGAAGCUCGACAGGACUGCGAUCGCGAUCGUCGCGGCUGCCUUGCUGGGCCUGUCUCAAGCGGCGCCCGCGACAAGCUCUCCGGGACAAGGCGCAGACGCGGCAAUGCAGUUGGAACGGGCAGUCGAGCACGAGGCUCGAUCCGUCUCCCUGCUGCGCCUCUCCGACAUCGAGGCACGGCGCGCGUCCAGCGUGUCCACCGACAGCACCUCGAGCAGCAAUGCUACUGCCGCCGAGCCUUCCUCCUCGUCGACCAAGCCGCUGACGCUGCUCAACGGCGCGCUCAAUGGAAACGGCGCAGUGGGCGGCCAGGGCGUGGGCAGCAACAACGGCAACGACCACCAAGGAGUCGCGGUGGCCAAUGGGGCGCUCAAUGGCAACCUCGUCCUCGGAGGGAAAGGAGACGGAUCCAACAACGGCAACGGCUUGCCCUCCGACACGCCCGCGGACAACCAGAUCGGAUCCAACAACGGCCAGGGACCGGGCGUGGGUCGAGGCUCGCUCAAUGGCAACGCCGUCGCCGUCGUCGGGUCCGGGAACGUGGUCGGGAGCAACACGGAUUCGUCGGCGACGGGCAACGGCGUCGUCGUCCUCGGCAACGGCAACGAGGUGGGCGGCAAGGACGGACAGGGCAACCUCAACCUCAUCCUCGGCGACAACAACGAGUCGGACGGCAACCUCAACCUCAUCGUCGGGUCCAACCAGCAGACCGAGGGGUCGGGCAACGUCGGCGUGCUGGGCGUGUUGAACAUCCACCUCAAGAGGGACGCAAUGGCGGGUGACGAGCGCAGCAGAGUGGUGGUGGCGUCCUUGAAGGGCGAGCCGCAGACGCGUUUCAUCAAGGUCAGGAGGGCGUCCGUCGAGGGGUAUCCGCAGACCUGA